AUGGACUCGCCGCCGGGGCUGCUCCGGUCGCGGGUCCUGGCGAAGCAGGAGGGCGGCUGGUCCGGGUCGGCGGGGAGCCCCCAGCUCGCCAGCCCGACCACCCUGGCCUCCGCGCCCGAGCGCUCAGCAGGGGAGGCGCCGGGCACCGAGGCGCCGCGAGGGAGCCUCAGCCCGUGGGAGACUCGGGGGCAAGCGGACCCAGCGCAGCCCAGCGCAGCCCAGCGCAGCCCAGCGCAGCCCAGCGCAGCGCCGCCCGCCUCGAAGCCCCUUCCCCCGCACACGCAUCUCCCACAACCCCCUGCUCCGGCGGCACCCUCCCGGCCCGCACUCGCGCCCCCUUGCCCGGGGGCCCCCGCGGUCACCUUCGCCGACCACCGUCGCCCCGACGCCAACCUCUGCCCCUCACGCCCCGCACCCGCCCGACGCCCAGACGCCCCGGCUGGUCUCCCGGCUCCACAUCCUCCCACGCGCGCGCGCCCUCCCCGCCUCCUCGCCGUCGCGUCCCUCCGGCUCCCGGGAGCCUUCCCGCAGCUCCCCUCGCUCGACUGCACACCUCCGCCCCGCCACAGCGGCUUCAGCCCCGAGGCCCAGCCCGGGCGUGGAGGGGCGGGGAGGACACCCCCGCAGCCCGCACCCCGCACCCCCCCGCCCGCCGCGGCCGCCCCUCACGUCUGCCCCGGGCCGGGGGCGCCCGCCGUGACGGGAGCCGACGGGAGCCUCCGGGAGAGGGGUCUGAGGAGGACGCCGCCGGAGCUGCGGUCCGUCUGCUGCUCGCCGCCCCCGGAGCGCGGAGGUGCUGAGGUGCCGAGUCGCCUCUCGGGUCCCUCGGGGAGCAGGAGUCCAGGCCGGUGCCCCCCAGCCCCGCUCCCCCCCGAGGGUCGCAGCGGAGGCGGAGGAGGCUCCCCGGGACUCACCUCGAGCCUGUUGUCAACAUCAGCCCCGGGUUUCCCAGCACCAACUCCAGCGCUCGGGCUCUCCCCUCCCCUCCCCCCACCUAGCUCGCAGCCGAGGGCCCGCCUUCCCUCCGCUCCCCCUCCUCCCUCCGCCCGCCGGCCCUCCCGCCCGCCACUCACCAGCGCGGCCGGGCUGCGAGUGGGGGCGGGGCGGAGGGAGGAGGAAAAGGGAAAGCUGUCCGGCCACGUGCCCGAUCCAAAGCCGUCCGCGUCUCCCUUCCUCCGGCGUUUCGACGCGCUGAGGCUUCACUCCUGGCGCGGACCGCGACCACACGCUCAGACAGCUGCCACGCACACACAGCGGCUUGCUGCGGAUCGUCCGCCAGGCCACAGGAGCGAGAUUUCCAGACAGGCAAUGUUGGACGUCAAGAACGACCCAGGGUGCAGAAGGAGAAAGGUUUUCCUCGACGGAUCCUGGAAAGCGCUCUGUCCUAGCAAGCCAGUUUCAGACACUGAAAUGGAAUGACUUCCCCGAGUUAUUAAAUGUGAUCACUCGUUUAAAAAAAAAAAAAAAACAAAAACAACAACAAACAAACAAAAACAAAAAGUUGGCCCAGUCGUCAUUUCUUCGCUUUGCGAAACAAAGUCAACCUUCCAAAAGGGGCAUCAGCUUCUCCACACAACCUCACUCCUUAAAUUGCUGAGGUUUGUGUAUCUGGCCUGCAAUUUUUUUUUUUUUUUUCUUACCAAAACUGCUUGGAUCUGCUGCUAACGUGAUCUCGCUGGUCGGCUUUGUUCAGGAGUCAAAGGGGCAAAGGUGCAAAACUGGACUUGAUGCUGGAGUGACACGUGUCGCGCCCCCCCCCCCCCACGUGUGAGCCCACAAAAUGAGCUGCUACCAACCGCAAAUACUUGAGGCCGGUCUAGGUUCCCUUGUAUUCAGCUUUUGCCCAUUUGCCCCUAUUUGCAGCUCUGCUUUCCAUUUAUUAUUAGCUUGAACAUCGCCUUCACAAAUUCAGUGUUAUUUCCUGUACUUCGAUUUCUACCCACCCCCCACCCCCAAACACUACUGGUAGGUCAAUCGUGAAAAGACUAGCAAGAGAGAAAGGAAAACACCGCUAAUAUGUACCACUGAUAAGCGAUUAGCAGAGGAACACCUGGGUGGCUCAGUCGGUUAAGCAUUCUUUUUUUGUUUUGUUUUUUUUUUUAAGAUUUUAUGUGUUUAUUCCUAGAGACAGAGAGAGGCAGAGACACAGGCAGAGGGAGAAGCAAGCUCCAUGCAUGGAGCCCAACGUGGGACUUGGUCCCAGGUCUCCAGGGUCAGGCCCUGGGCUGAAGGCAGGGGCUCAACCGCUGAGCCACCCGGGCUGCCCUCGGUUAAGCAUUCUGUUCUUCGUAGACGCUCAGAGCUGGAUCUCAGGGUUGUGAGUCCACGCCCUGUGCUGGGCUCCAUGCUAGGUGUGGAGCCUACAUAAAAACAGACACAAAAUCAUCACGAGACAACUGUCCCAAACCACCAUACUGGAGAAGGCCACCCCGUUCUUUCAAAAGUUCUUUUACUCACAAAAAAAAUUAAAAGUAAAAAAGUUA